AACUUUGAAUUAACCCACACACAUAGAGUAAGUGACCUUUCACUCAACUGAAGCAACCAAAUGAAGAGUGAGAUAUUUUCCGGAAGACCAAGUCUUAGGCGAGAUGAAGAAGAAGAGAUCAAAGGCAACAGAAGACGCAGCUGCAGCCUCCCACAACAAGGAUGAAUCUCAUUACUUGAGAGAAGAAGAAGAAGAAGAAGAAGAAGAAGAAGAAGAAGAUAAGACGGAGAUUCCAAAUGUGACCCAUGGUUAUGAUUUGGUUAAAGGAAAAAUGGAUCAUGGAAUGGAAGAUUAUGUUGUUGUAGAAAGUAGGAGAAUCAACGGACAUGACAUAAGACUUUAUGCAAUUUUCGAUGGUCAUUCAGGUCGUGAUGUUGCCAAAUAUUUGCAUACUCAUCUCUUUGACAAGAUGUUGAGCCAGUCUGAUUUCUGGAGAAACCCGGAAGGAGCGAUCAAAAGAGCGUAUAAAGAAAUGGAUGAUGAGAUAUUGGAAGAUGUUGCUGGUUCAAGAGGUGGUUCCACUGCUGUUACAGCGAUAUUAAUAGAUAGAAAGAAGCUAAUGGUGGCUAAUGUUGGUGAUUCUCGGGCUAUAUUAUGUGGCGGAGAUGGGGUGAAACAAGUAACAAUAGAUCAUGAGCCGAAUAAGGAGAAACAAGUAGUUGAAAGUAGAGGAGGAUUUGUGUCAAAAAAGCCAGGGAAUGUUCCUCGAGUGGAUGGGCAGUUGGCUAUGACAAGGGCCUUUGGAGAUGGAAAAUUGAAGGAACAUAUCACUUCAGAACCCGAUGUGAGGAUUGAAAUCAUUGAGCCGAAUACUGUUGAGUUCAUCAUUUUGGCUAGUGAUGGGCUUUGGAAGGAUGGCAUGCAUGCAUGCAGGUAAUGUCAAAUGAAGAAGCUUUUGAUGAAAUUAGAGAGUAUGAUGAUGCACAGGAAGCAUCCCAAGUACUGAUCAAAGAAGCAUUAGCCAGGGGGAGUCGAGAUGAUAUCUCUUGCAUUGUUGUAGCUUUUGGUUGGUCAUAGUAGUUUUCUUUUUUUCGCCCAAAGCAACUUCAUAUUUCUCCUUGCCUUGUGUACGACAUCACUUCAACUUAUAGUUUAUGAUCAAUAUUACUUAAAAAUCUAGAACAAA